AUGACCCCUGCUAUUGCGCGGCUUCUGUUUCUGGCUGCAGCGGCAGUGUCUGGAGAAGUCGAGGCACGCCUUCGAUGGCUGGGAUCUGAUGGGGAGGAGGUGACUCUUGGAGGGUCUCCCUUCUCAGCCGAGCCCAUCGACGAGGCUUCAGUGGGGUUGCGAGUGACCCUGAGUGAGCCAGGUCAAGGCGGGCCCCUAAAGUGCGCCGCAGAGAUGGGGGACACUGGAGAGGAGGAGACGCGUGAGAUCCAACUCCGGGCCAUCGGGCGGGUGUCAGUGCAGGGUGGGAUUCUGACCAUCCGGGAGCUGGAGCCCUCGGACGCCGGGGUUUACACUUGCGAGGCGUCCAUCGCGGAGCGCGGAGAGAGCACGAGGGAGAACCCAUCCCCAGAACACAGCCUCUUUUGGAGGGGCAGCCGCCUCCAGGAAGUUCGCCCCGGGGAGCCACACGUCCGAACCUUUCAGUUCACCCCAAAGGAGAAGGCAGAUUUCACACCAAUGAAGCUCUUGGCCUCCAAUCCCUUUGGCACCUCAGAGCUGGAGAUCCAGGUGCUGGAAGAAGAACCCCCUCCCCCAACAGCGCUGGGUCCUGGGACCAUUUCGGGCCUCGUCUUGGCCCUUCUCAUUCUGGCGGCAGGAGAAGAUGCCCUGUGCUGCUACUCCCGUCGUGUGGGGCUCUUUGCCCGGUUUUCCCGAUGUGGUAAAAGAGAGCAGGAGGAGAGCUUCUUCUCGGUUUUCAACCUCCAUAUCUGGUCAUGUCUCCAGGACAAUUAUGAAAUGUACUCAGUGGAACUGGACCGAAAGGGUCCUGGGGGGGACAUGGAGGCCAAGCUGCAGAAGAAGAAGAAGAAAGGUGGCGGUGGGGGGAAGAAGGAGCGGCUGGAGAACAUGAAGAAGGAGAUAGAGAUUAAUGAUCACCAGCUGUCAGUGGAAGAACUGGAGAAGAAAUACCAGACAAACGCAAGCAAGGGUCUGUCCACCCGAUUGGCAGCCGAGAUUCUGCUCCGAGAUGGGCCGAAUGCCUUGCGCCCACCCAAAGGCACCCCUGAGUAUGUGAAGUUUGCCAGGCAGUUGGCAGGGGGGCUACAGUGCCUCAUGUGGGUGGCCGCAGCCAUCUGCCUCAUCGCCUUUGGUAUCCAGGCUGGAGAGGGGGACCUCACCACUGAUGAUAAUCUCUACCUAGCCCUUGCCCUCAUUGCUGUUGUUGUGGUUACUGGCUGUUUUGGUUACUACCAGGAGUUUAAAAGCACGAACAUCAUCGCCAGCUUCAAAAACCUUGUGCCACAGCAAGCCACUGUGAUCCGCGAGGGAGACAAGUUCCAGAUCAACGCUGACCAGUUGGUGGUAGGUGACCUGGUAGAGAUCAAGGGAGGUGACCGUGUGCCAGCCGACAUCCGCAUUCUGGCUGCACAGGGCUGCAAAGUAGACAACUCCUCCCUGACUGGAGAGUCGGAACCACAGACCCGUUCCCCAGAGUGCACACAUGAGAGCCCCCUGGAAACACGCAACAUCGCCUUCUUCUCCACCAUGUGCCUGGAAGGCACAGCACAAGGAUUGGUAGUCAACACUGGGGACAGGACCAUCAUUGGGCGCAUCGCUUCGCUGGCCUCCGGUGUGGAGAAUGAGAAGACACCAAUUGCCAUAGAAAUCGAACACUUUGUGGAUAUCAUUGCAGGCCUAGCCAUCCUCUUUGGGGCCACCUUCUUCAUUGUGGCCAUGUGCAUUGGCUACACCUUCCUUCGGGCUAUGGUCUUCUUUAUGGCCAUUGUGGUAGCUUACGUGCCUGAAGGCCUGCUGGCUACUGUUACGGUUUGUCUAUCCUUAACGGCCAAGCGUUUAGCUCGGAAGAACUGUGUGGUCAAGAACUUGGAGGCUGUGGAGACACUGGGAUCUACUUCUGUGAUUUGCUCAGACAAGACUGGAACUCUCACUCAGAACCGCAUGACCGUAUCCCAUCUGUGGUUUGAUAACCAUGUGCACACAGCGGACACAACUGAAGACCAGUCAGGUCAGACCUUCGACCAGUCUUCAGAGACAUGGCGGGCACUGUGCCAGGUACUGACCCUCUGUAACCGUGCAGCCUUCAAGUCCGGCCAGGAUGCAGUGCCAGUGCCAAAGCGCAUUGUGAUAGGAGAUGCCUCGGAGACUGCCCUGCUCAAAUUCUCCGAGCUAACCCUGGGCAAUGCCAUGGGCUACCGGGAUCGCUUCUCCAAGGUCUGUGAGAUUCCCUUCAACUCCACCAACAAGUUCCAGCUGUCCAUCCACGAGCUGGAGGAUCCCAGGGACAGGCGCCACGUGCUGGUGAUGAAGGGGGCCCCGGAACGGAUUCUGGAGAGAUGCAGCUCCAUUCUCAUCAAAGGCCAGGAGCUGCCCCUGGACGAGCAGUGGCGGGAGGCUUUCCAGACUGCCUACUUGGCCCUGGGGGGGCUGGGCGAGCGGGUCCUGGGAUUCUGCCAGCUGUACCUGAGCGAGAAGGAUUUCCCUCGUGGCUUUGCCUUCAACCCCGAUGAGAUGAACUUCCCCAGCAGCGGUCUCUGCUUUGCCGGGCUUGUGUCCAUGAUUGACCCUCCGAGAGCCACCGUACCGGACGCUGUGCUCAAAUGCAGGACGGCAGGCAUCAGGGUGAUCAUGGUGACAGGGGACCACCCAAUUACUGCCAAGGCCAUAGCGGCCAGCGUCGGCAUCAUCUCCGAGGGCAGUGAGACGGUGGAGGACAUUGCGGCCCGGCUCCGUGUGCCAGUGGAGCAGGUCAAUCGUCGGGAUGCUCGGGCCUGUGUGGUGAAUGGCGCCCAACUCAAAGACAUGGACCCAGCCGAGCUAGUGGAGAUCCUUCGGAUGCAUCCCGAGAUGGUGUUUGCCCGGACCAGCCCCCAGCAGAAGCUUGUCAUUGUGGAGAGCUGCCAGCGGCUGGGCGCCAUCGUGGCGGUGACGGGUGACGGCGUAAACGAUUCCCCUGCCCUGAAGAAGGCGGACAUCGGCGUGGCCAUGGGCAUCGCGGGCUCGGACGCCGCCAAGAACGCGGCCGACAUGAUUCUGCUGGACGACAACUUCGCCUCCAUCGUUACGGGCGUGGAGCAGGGGCGCCUGAUUUUCGACAACCUCAAGAAGUCAAUUGCCUACACGCUGACCAAGAACAUCCCCGAGCUGACCCCCUACCUCAUCUACAUCACCGUCAGCGUCCCGCUGCCCCUCGGCUGCAUCACCAUCCUCUUCAUCGAGCUCUGCACCGACAUCUUCCCCUCAGUGUCUCUCGCCUACGAGGCCGCAGAAAGCGACAUCAUGCACCUGAGGCCCCGGAACCCCCGAAGGGACCGGCUGGUGAACGAGCCGCUGGCUGCCUAUUCUUACUUCCAGAUAGGCGCCAUCCAGUCCUUCGCAGGCUUCACCGACUACUUCACAGCCAUGGCCCAGGAGGGCUGGUUCCCCCUGCUCUGCGUGGGGCUGCGGCCCCACUGGGAGAACCACCACCUACAGGACCUGCAGGACAGCUACGGCCAGGAGUGGACCUUCGGCCAGCGGCUCUACCAGCAGUACACCUGUUACACCGUCUUCUUCAUCAGCAUUGAGAUGUGUCAGAUAGCGGAUGUCCUCAUCCGAAAGACCCGCCGGCUCUCCAUCUUCCAGCAGGGCUUCUUCCGGAACAGGAUUUUGGUGAUUGCCAUCGUCUUCCAAAUCUGCAUCGGCUGCUUCCUUUGCUAUUGCCCGGGAAUGCCCAACAUCUUCAACUUCAUGCCCAUCCGGUAUCAGUGGUGGCUGGUCCCGAUGCCUUUUGGCCUUCUCAUUUUCACCUAUGACGAGAUCCGGAAGCUUGGCGUGCGCUGCUGCCCAGGGAGCUGGUGGGACAAGGAGCUGUAUUAUUAACGGAGAAGCCAGAAGGACCUGGAGCAGAUGUCAGACUGGAAGGGAAGGAAGCUGGGAGUCCCGGAUGCUUGGGUUCUUCACAGGGGAAGGAGGGGUCAUUAAAGAGUCAUGGAAG